GGGGCUUCCGCCGCAGGCCACGCCCAUCCCUGCGCUGACGGGAGGGGCGGGGCCGCAGCGGCGCCGGCGCGCGGCGGGCGCGGCGCAUGCGCAGUGCGGGAGCGCGCCCGGCCCAGGCGAGUGUCCGGAUUUUUUGGGAAGCCAGGAGCGGCCUGCCCCAUCCCAGCAUGGCAGACCAGAAGCGUCUGGCCUUCUCCAUCAUCCAGUUCCUGCACACCCAGCUCCAGAACGGCUCCAUGUCUCCAGAUGCUCAGGAGAGUUUGGAAGUGGCCAUCCAGUGCCUGGAAACAGCGUUUGGGGUCUCCAUGGAAGACCAAAGCCUGGCUGUGUCCCAGACCCUUCCCGAAAUAUUUGAAGCCGUGGCAGGGAAGGAGCUGGAGCACUCCAGGACGAACUCGGAGCCCGUCACCCCCUCAGAAGAUGACGUGGCUGAAGCUGAAAGGCUCAAGACUGAAGGAAACGACCAAAUGAAGGCAGAAAACUUCGAGGCUGCCGUGUCUUUUUAUGGAAAAGCCAUCGAGUUAAACCCAGCCAACGCCGUUUAUUUCUGCAACAGAGCUGCUGCCUACAGCAAGCUGGGGAAUUACGCGGGGGCCGUGCGGGACUGCGAGCGCGCCAUCGGCAUCGACCCCAACUACAGCAAAGCCUACGGCAGGAUGGGCUUGGCCCUGUCCAGCUUAAACAAACACACAGAAGCUGUUGUUUACUACAAAAAAGCUCUGGAGUUGGAUCCGGACAACGAAACGUACAAAUCCAACCUCAAAAUAGCUGAGCAGAAAAUGAAGGAGACUCCCAGUCCAACCGGCGGCCCCGGAGGGUUCGACUUGGCCGGAUUGCUGAACAACCCCGGCUUCAUGAGCAUGGCCUCCAACCUCAUGAACAACCCCCAAGUACAGCAGCUAAUGUCGGGGAUGAUCUCGGGAGGCCACAACGCCAUGGGAGCGGCCGGGAGCAGCCCCGCCACCAACGACCUGGCCAGCCUGAUGAUUGAUUGA